UCUAUUGUGUUGUUUGAUGGGUGGUUUGAGGUUGUCGUGUGUUGUGUGUUGCUGUUGGUGGGUAUUCGUGUUUUGCAAAGAUCUAGAGAGAGUUGUGGGUACGAUGUGGUGCAGUGUCUUUGGGUGCAUUCUAGUGCUCCUAGACAGCAGAUUCCACAUCAUGUGAUAGGCAAUGGUGAAGUCUCGGAUGUGAACAAGAAGGGUGCCACCAAAGUAGGAGGAUUUCGAAUUGUCAAGAAGAUGGUGAACAACGUGUGGCCUAAAGAUCAGCCACUCAUUAGAGCCAGAGUUGUUGGUGCGUUAGGCCUUCUAGUGGGAGCUAAAAUGUUGAAUGUCCAAGUGCCUUUCUUCUUCAAAGAAGCAGUUGAUUAUCUCAAUACUGGUGCUAGUGGUGCUGCUUUUGAUAUCAGCAACCCAAUGACAGGACUCAUGACAGCAUCAACAGCACUCAUACUUGGCUAUGGUAUGGCACGAGCUGGAGCAUCUUUAUUUAAUGAGCUGCGUAAUGCUGUGUUUGCAAAAGUUGCUCAAGGCUCAAUACGCCGAAUAGCAAACAGAACGUUUCUUCACCUCCACUCGCUUGAUCUCAGUUUUCAUCUCGGGCGACAGACAGGAGCAUUAUCUCGUGCCAUUGACAGAGGGACAAGAGGGAUGAACUUUGCGUUGUCAGCUCUUGUGUUUAACAUUAUUCCAACUAUAUUUGAAAUAAGUCUGGUGUCUGGAAUAUUAGCAUAUCAGUGUGGUCCAUACUACGCUGCCAUAGUCAUCGGGACUCUGGGAACAUAUACAGCAUUCACAUUUUCUGUUGCACAGUGGAGAAUAAAGUUUCGAGCUCAGAUGAAUGCAGCUGACAAUGAAGCCGGCUCUCAUGCCAUUGAUUCACUGAUUAACUACGAAACAGUGAAGUAUUUUAAUAAUGAACAAUAUGAAGCACAACGAUAUGAUGAGAUAUUAGCAAGAUAUGAAAAGAGCUCACUGAAGACGACAACGAGCCUUUCGUUUCUGAAUUUUGGUCAACAGUUUAUCUUUAGUGUGGGAUUAACGGCAGUGAUGUUGUUAGCAAGCCACCAGAUCAUCCAGGGUAGCAUGACAGUUGGUGACCUUGUUAUGGUGAAUGGCUUGCUGUUUCAGCUAUCGGUUCCUCUCAACUUUUUGGGCAGUGUGUAUAGAGACUUACGACAAUCGUUUGUUGACAUGCAAACAAUGUUCAGUCUCUUGGAUCUGAACACUCACAUACAGAAUAGACCGGAUGCUCGUCCUUUAGCCAUCAGCAGUACAGAUCACAUUCCUAUGGUGGCAUUCGAGAACGUGGGAUUUCACUACAUCGAAGGAAGAUCGAUUCUUGAUGGUCUGACGUUGUCGGUACCUUUAGGCAGGAAAGUUGCUCUUGUUGGUGGAAGCGGGUCUGGCAAAUCAACACUGGUUCGUCUUUUGUAUCGAUUUUAUGAUCCACACUGUGGGCGUGUUUUGAUCAACGGAACAGACAUUCGAGACAUCACACUGGAGAGUCUACGUAGGGCAGUUGGUGUCGUUCCACAGGACUGUGUAUUGUUUCACAGUUCUAUCUACCACAACAUUGCGUAUGGAGACUUAAGUGCAACAUCAGACCAGGUGUUUGAGGCUGCUCGUAUGGCUAAUCUUCACGACACCAUCAUGUUGUGGCCGAAUAAGUACGACACUCAGGUCGGAGAAAGAGGCCUCAAGUUGUCUGGAGGUGAGAAACAAAGAGUUGCUAUUGCCAGGGCCAUUCUGAAAAAUCCCGCUGUUCUAAUAUAUGAUGAAGCAACGUCUAGCCUCGACUCAAUAACAGAACAGCAUAUCUUAUCAGCAAUGGAAGACAUAUCACGUGACCGGACAUCAAUCGUCAUAGCACAUCGUCUAUCAACAGUAGUUGAUGCCGACGAAAUAUUCGUUCUUGAUGAAGGUAAAGUGUGUGAAAGAGGAACUCACCACCAGCUGCGGGCGGACACUUCCUCACUGUAUUACGAACUAUGGAAGCAACAACACAGAGAAACCGAUCAGAAUAGAAAUGAAAUCAGCAGUCCAAGGGAAAUACAAUAGGAUGUCGAAGUAGGCAUACAAUU